GCUCGCGCCCCGCCCCUGUCGCCCCCUCCCCUGUAGCGCGCUGGGGCUGUUUUUCGCUCCUCCGGAGUUACCGCCGCUGUCUCCGCUGCUCCUCCUCUCCCGGUCUUGGGUUUCCCUGGCGUUGCUGCCGCUGCUACCUCUGCGGGCUAUAUGAGGAGGAGGAGGAGGAGGAUGUGAAGAUGGCGGAGCUGCAGAUGCUGCUGGAAGAGGAAAUCCCGGGGGGCCGCCGGGCCCUCUUCGACAGCUACACGAAUCUGGAACGGGUGGCCGAUUACUGCGAGAACAACUACAUCCAGUCAGCAGAUAAGCAGCGAGCCCUAGAAGAAACCAAAGCCUACACCACCCAAUCCUUAGCAAGUGUCGCCUAUCUAAUAAACACCUUGGCCAACAAUGUCCUGCAGAUGCUGGAUAUCCAGGCAUCCCAGCUACGAAGAAUGGAAUCUUCAAUCAAUCAUAUUUCACAAACAGUUGAUAUUCAUAAAGAGAAAGUUGCAAGAAGAGAAAUUGGUAUUUUGACUACCAAUAAAAACACUUCAAGGACACAUAAGAUUAUUGCUCCUGCCAACCUUGAACGACCAGUUCGUUAUAUUAGAAAACCUAUUGACUAUACAAUUCUAGAUGAUAUUGGACAUGGAGUAAAGGUGAGUACCCAGAAUAUGAAGAUGGGUGGGCUGCCGCGUACAACACCUCCAACUCAGAAGCCCCCCAGUCCCCCUAUGUCAGGGAAAGGGACGCUUGGGCGGCACUCCCCCUAUCGCACACUGGAGCCAGUGCGUCCUCCAGUGGUACCAAAUGAUUACGUACCUAGCCCAACCCGUAAUAUGGCUCCCUCGCAGCAGAGCCCUGUGAGGACAGCUUCUGUGAAUCAAAGAAAUCGAACUUACAGCAGCAGUGGGAGUAGUGGAGGAAGCCACCCAAGUAGUCGGAGCAGCAGUCGGGAGAACAGUGGAAGUGGGAGUGUGGGGGUUCCUAUUGCUGUUCCUACUCCUUCUCCUCCCAGUGUGUUUCCAGCCCCUGCUGGCUCUGCUGGCACUCCUCCCCUUCCUGCUGCUUCUGCAUCUGCCCCUGCCCCUCUUGUUCCUGCUACUGUCCCUUCCUCCACUGCCCCAGACGCUGCUGCUGGGGGUGCCCAGACCCUUGCUGAUGGCUUCACUUCUCCAACUCCCCCUGUUGUUUCUUCCACUCCCCCUACAGGUCAUCCUGUUCAAUUCUACAGCAUGAAUAGGCCUGCCACUCGCCAUACUCCCCCAACAAUAGGGGGCUCGUUGCCCUAUAGACGCCCUCCUUCCAUAACUUCACAAACAAGCCUUCAGAAUCAGAUGAAUGGAGGACCUUUUUAUAGCCAGAAUCCAGUUUCAGAUACACCACCUCCACCACCACCUGUGGAAGAACCAGUCUUUGAUGAAUCCCCCCCUCCACCACCUCCCCCGGAAGAUUAUGAAGAGGAGGAAGCAGCUGUGGUUGAGUAUAGUGAUCCUUAUGCUGAAGAGGACCCACCUUGGGCUCCAAGGUCUUACUUGGAAAAGGUUGUGGCAAUUUAUGACUAUACAAAAGACAAGGAAGAUGAGCUGUCCUUUCAGGAAGGAGCCAUUAUUUAUGUCAUCAAGAAGAAUGAUGAUGGUUGGUAUGAGGGAGUUAUGAAUGGAGUGACUGGGCUGUUUCCUGGGAAUUACGUUGAAUCUAUCAUGCAUUAUUCUGAGUAGAGCUCAGAAGGGCUAUGCUUCCCUCACAGGAAUAGUCAGGUCUUCCCAGAUUAUCUGAAGGCCCUGGGGAUUCCACUCCAGUAAAAUAGAAUGAAGGAUACAAAUGAUAAAAAUUACUUACUUUUUUUGAUUUAUCCCCCAGUAUUAAAACAAAAAAAGCAAGCUGAGUCUGAACAAAUGGAUCUUUCUGCCAUCAUUUGUACUAUGCUGAACUGUCUGGAUUGAAAUAAAGUGACCAUUUCUGAAUAUGUCAAGGUAUAACAACGUGACUGUGUAGCUAAAACAAAUCAGAUUAAGACUGAUGCAGAAAAAUCUGGGAUCUUGCUCAGGAAUACUGUACACCCUUGGGAUCUCUCCUCCUGCAGAAUCUAUGGCAUUGGAUGUUCUUCAUUGCCUGUGCUAAGGGGUUAACCUUAUGGCCCAGUGGAUACCGUAGCCCCUCACUUUCUUCCACUUGUAUGAAGAGGAGGGAACCAACAUUUAAAUACCAUUCUUAACCAUUUUUACAAUUGUUAGAGAUGGCCUUUUUCCUCUUUAACACUGUAAAUUCUGCAUUCUCUCAGCACUUGAGUGCAUCAAAUGAGUUAAUGCUGAACUUACUUGCAUCCCUUCAUGUUUCUGUUUGUAGA